AUGCUGCCUUUGGAGAGGGUGUUAGCCUCCCCUAGAAGCUCCCCACCUCAACCAGAACCAUCUACUCUGAGGUCAGAAGAUAUAGCCCAACAGGAAGAACCUAGCCAGCAGGAGGAACCCAGCCAGGGGGAAGGACUCGUUAAGCAACAAGAACCUAGCCGGCAGGAGGAAUGCAGGAGGCAUCAUGAACUCAUCCAGAAAGAAGAACCCACCCAGCUGCUGGAACCUAGUCAGAGGGAUGAGCCCAGCCAGAGGGAAAAAUUCAGCAAGCAGGAUAAUCCUCCUAACCAGGGGGAAGAACUCAGUGAGCAGCAAGAAUCUAGUCAUCAGGAUGAGCCCAGUCAAGAGGAAGAAUCUAUUCAAGUGCAAGAACCCAGCCAGUGGGAAGAACCUGGCCAGAAGGAUGUGCCCAUGCAGCAGGAAGAACCUGUGCAGCAGGAUGAGCCCAGCCAAUGGGAAGAACCCAUGCAGCAAGAUGAACCCGUACAGCAGGAUGAACUCAUGCAGCAGGCAGAGCCCAUUGAGCAGGAUAAACCCAUCUACCAGGAAGAACUAAUCCAUCAGGAGGGACACAUUGGGCAGGAUAAGCUUAUCCAACAGGAAGAGCUCAUCCAGCAGGAGGAACCCAUUGAGCAGGAUAAGCCCAUCCAACAGGAAGAACUCAUCCAGCAGGAGGAGCCCAUUGAGCAGGAUAAGCCCAUCCAACAGGAAGAGCUCAUCCAGCAGGAGGAGCCCAUUGAGCAGGAUAAGCCCAUCCAACAGGAAGAACUCAUCCAGCAGGAGGAGCCAAUUCAGCAGGUAGGGUUCAGUGAACAGGAGGAACCCAGCCAACAGAACGAGCCUAGCCAGAGAGAUCAACCUAGCCAACAGGAGGAACCCAGCCAACAGAAAGAGCCUAGCCAGAAGGAUCCACCUAGCCAGCAGGAGGAACCCAGCCAACAGAAAGAACCUAGCCAGAACGAUCAACCUAGCCAGCAGGAGGAACCCAGCCAACGGAAAGAACCUAGCCAGAACGAUCAACCUAGCCAGAAGGAGGAACCCAGUCACCAGAAAGAGCCUAGCCAGAACGAUCAACCUAGCCAGCAGGAGGAACCCAGCCAACAGAAAGAACCUAGCCAGAACGAUCAACCUAGCCAGCAGGAGGAACCCAGCCAACGGAAAGAGCCUAGCCAGAAGGAUCAACCUAGCCAGCAGGAGGAACCCAGUCACCAGAAAGAGCCUAGCCAGAAGGAUCAAUCCAACCAACAGGUGGAACUCAGCCAACAGGGAGAUCCUAGCCAGCAGGAGGAACCCAGCCAACUGGAAGAACCUACUCAGAAGGAUCAAUCCAACCAACAGGAACAGCAGAAGGAAACAGAAACCAUCACUGAAAGAUCUGCUGCUGACCUUGAGUGUUCCCGCCUGCGCUUUCGGGAGUUUGUCUACCAGGAGGCAGCUGGGCCUCACCAGACUUUGGCCAAGCUUCAUGAGCUAUGCCGCCAAUGGCUGAGGCCUGAGGCCUGCUCCAAAGAGCAGAUCCUGGAGCUGCUCGUUCUGGAGCAGUUCCUGGGCAUCUUGCCAGACAGGGUCCGUCCCUGGGUGGUAGCCCAGUAUCCUGAGAAUUGCAAGAAAGCUGCCUCCCUGGUGGAGGGUCUCUCUGACAUCCUGGAGGAGCCAGGAAUGAUGUUGUGUUCCCCGGGUGGGUCAUCGUCGUCAUUCAGCGAGGGAGACUAUGAGAGGUGUCCUGAGCCUCUGCUUCUACCAUGUGGGUUGCUAAGUCCCAACAGAAACUUAAGACCUAGGGACAUCCUGGUGCGCCGUGAUACUUCUCCCCUUCUUCCAUCCUGGCCUACUCUGGAAUCUGUGCAUUUGGAUCGAGAGCAUACAGAGGGAGAAAAGAGUGAAGAGGCCAGCUCUACCGCAGCUGAACUGAAGGAGCCUCUACAGUCGGAAUGGGACCACCUGGAUCCCACAGAGGAUAACCUGAUGAAUUACAGCAGGCUGCUCCUGUGGGAGUGUCAGCUUUCCCAGACUGGUCCAUCUUCCAUGCUGGAGGCGGAGGAACCUUGUGCGGUGGAAGAACUGCCAGACAGCACCAGGCACCAGGAAAGCAAAGGAAAUGUGUGUGAGGAAGUCUCCUUGGGGGAAACACUGAUGGAGAAUCUUUCAGGGGAUGUUCCUGUUAGCUCUUCGAUAGAUACUGCCCUGGAGGAGGAACAGCAGCCUCAGAAGGCUCUGGAUUCUGAGGAUGAGGGUUCAAGCCCUACCAGUCCCCAGAGGCAAUCAGUCAUCCAGGAGUCAGCCCAGGACAAGGAUAGGCCACGUCAAGGCACUGGGACAAAGAGGCCCCAUCCAGACGAUGAGGAUGAAGAGGACUCUGAGUGUCUUCCCAGCACCAGCGGCUACCAGCUACCAUUUGAUGCAGGGAAGGUGCUUCAUGUGGAUGGUCAUAAUUCUGGGCAGGAUCCAGGAACUUCUGCUGGGGGAUGCUCUGCAGCUGAUGAGUUUGAUGCAUCUCAAGGGAAGCCCUACACAUGCAGUGAAUGUGGUGAGGCCUUUGCAUGGAUCUCAAACCUCAUGGAGCAUCACAAGAGUCAUGGCAGUGAGACAUGCUACGUGAGCCAGAGCUGCUAGGAACCCUUCCAGGUCAGCUUGGUUGUGGCCAAGCACUACAAGAGUCACAUGCCAAAAAACAAAACAGAGCCACACCCAGAGUCCUUCCCUGUCAGAAGCAAAACUCACUGGUGGGAGGAUUGGUGGCUUCUACUAUGUGGGUGGUUUUCUUUAUACAACCUGAGGUGUAAGACAACUCUGCUAUGACUGUCCCAUGACAUGGCAGUUGUAGCAUGAGUGACCUUAAGGCUCAUGUGUGGUAGUGGAUUCUUGUGGUAUUUCUACAGGCACAUCUGUGUUUAUUUUCUGAAUGCUAACGUGCUGAAAACAGCUGGAAAGGGGCAGGGCCCUCAUCUUAGAAACACACUUUGGUCUGUAAACCACCAGAUGUGAGGGAAGACGCCAUUUCUGUAGUAUUUUAAUAGCACAUAUACUCUGGUCAUUUGACAUUGUGUACAAAGUGUUGAGUAGCCUUAAAGUAUGUGAUCUAUUGGCACUUUCUUGAGCCCUCCUUGCCUCAGUUGCUUCUCCUUGAGCUACCUGUUUGUUCACACAUAGUCCUUGCCAUCUAUUCUGGCCUUUUUGUAAGUAUGUGAUGCCGGGUUUACUUCUCAAUACUUAAGAGCAAAAGCUGUUUCUUACUUCAAGUCAUGACUUCAUAUAUGGAAUGGCUUACAAAUAUCACAAACUAUGCGAUUUCAGACUGGGUUUCAGCCCAUUAGUGAAUUGUGAGGUCCAGUCAGUGGAUGGCCACUGGUAUUACAAAGCAAUGAAGUGGAAUAAAAGUAGAUCAGAAUCCAUCAUGUAGUAAAGGCAAGUAUUGUUUUGUGAAACUUCUCCACUGAGUAGCUGAGAGCUGGCUACCACAUUAAAUGUGUUUGUUAAGGGGUACAAGCAUACAGGUUGGAGGAACGAUCUGUAUCUGAGCUGAGAGAACCAAAUGUGGCCUACAUAGGUGAUCUUGUGGUUUUGCUUUUAACUUAAGAUUACAAUAUUGUUUCUGUUGCCUGACUGUAAAUGUAAUUGCCCUUCAGGCACAGAAAGGGUGUCUUUUUCUGUCAGUGUUUGAGCAGGCAGUUGGUGUAACCCCCAAAUCAGAGGCUUACCAUAAUAAAGUAUUUAUUUCUUCAUUCAUA